AGCACCCAAGAUGAAAUGGUGAAAAUGGCAGCAGCUCGAGGCUCGAGCGCACGUUAGAGAAGAAGAAGCCUCGGCCAGUAACCAGGGCAGGCCGUGAGGAGAGGCGCCGCAGAGAUGUCUUCGUCUCAACCCGACAGCAGCGAUGACCAGGCGCACGCCAGCGAAAGCGUGGAGUACAGUGGUGGCGGCGGUGGCGGGUUCCCCAAGCGAAGCGGCAAAGUGUUCCUUGUCGUCGGUCUGAUGUCUGUCGUCGUCGUCGUGAUCGUCUUCCUGAUCGUCGGCUUCAUCAGCUUCCGCGACGCCGCCUCGGCACAAGCGCGCAAUUCCGGCCCUGUGGCCUUGACGGCGGGCAACUCGGUGUCUUGCGUGAACCCGUGCCGCAGCCCACACUUCUUCUGCCACCCGGCCUCGGAGAAGGACGAAAAGGGAUGCUUCGAGCCGGGAUGUGCCUGCUUCCCCGAGCAUUGCCACAAGCGGUGUCCGCCUAAUCAGGAGUGUGCCCUCGGAUCGCCAGUAGACUACAGGGGAUGCUUCAGGCCUAACUGCAAAUGCGAAUCCAUCAGCUCUGCCUCGCCGGCCAGUAACUGUACCUCCGUUUGUCCUGUUGGCGAGAGGUGUCGUUCCGAUGCCUCCGUAGAUGGCCAAGGCUGUCCUCUCCCAGGAUGCAAGUGUGAACCCGACUGCCUGUCACCGUGUCCUUUGGGAAAGCGAUGUCGACCGGGCUCACCAGUCAACGCGAAAGGAUGCUUCAGGCCUGGCUGCUUAUGUGAACCGGACUGCCUACCUCGUUGCUUUGCCGGCCUUGAAUGCGCGCCCUCUUCAGCGAAGGACCUUCAUGGCUGCUUCCUCGCCGGUUGCGUGUGCGAACUUCCAAAGAAAUUCGGGUACAGAUCACGAGGCACAACCAGAUGCAUCUCUCCUUGUCCAUUCGGUAAGGAGUGCAUAGAAAACUCGACCAGGGACGAGCGAGGCUGCUUCCAACGAGGCUGCACGUGCGAGGUGAAAUGUUCACAGCGGUGUCCACUGGGAUAUCGCUGCCGACCGGGUUCCCCGAAGGACAUCGAGGGCUGCUUCCUUUAUGGAUGCAUGUGUGAGCCUGUUUCUGCUGUUCCAGCGUCAUCAAACAGCACUGGGAGCAGAGCUCCAAGAGGAGGCCUGUGGCCGCUGGGAGAUGACAAAGCACUUCCCAUAGGCGUCGGCCAAGACAACGACAACUCUUCGUCCGACUUCCGUGACAACCAGCUCGUAAUUCCACACGUUUCUCCGCAAGCAAAUGACGGUCACCGCACCGAUGGGAGUUGGCAUGAGCCCAGCCCAAAAGAGAGCCCCAACGCAAUCAAUGCGCUUUCGGGCUCCAUAAACGUCGCCUUGGAUCUCCACAAGCCAUCGCUCGGCACUGCAGGUCCCGAAGAGCCCUCGAGAGGUGUCAAUGCAACCGACGCGAAAGAUGCGCCGCUACUUAACAGCAACACCAGCUCUUCAACGCCUAUUCCUACCCAGUUCCCCACUGUUGACAACGCAUCAGCGACGGCGUCGGUAAGUCAGAGUAGAGAGGAAAUAUCUGCUAGAACGCUGCCGACGAUCACCGGAGACGUGUCUAACUGGUCUUUAACCGGCGUCAACGCUAACAACCGGCCCAAGGCUGCAAACGCAUCGAUCCCGUUGGCCGAACAAACAGACGACGAUGAUGAUGAUGACGACGAUGUCCCAGGCGAGGUCGGGUCGGAACGUUCGGACGUCGACAGUGCGCAAAACGCGACGCUGGGAGAAUUGGACGACUCGGAGAGUUCGAAACGUAAGAAGUCUGAUGAUUUCGGGGCGACUGAGGACGAACAGGGCUCACCAAAUCAAGGGCGAGAUUCAACAUCAAAGACCUUAGAAGACACGCUGCAAUUCAGCGCAUCAACAAGCCAGCAGGCAAUAGAAGGCCACAUCUCGUCUACCACAGUGGAUCAUCCAACUUCCGCUUCCCAUGCCACUGGUGAAGGAACCGCAGAUCAGCACAGCACUCCCCACUGACGGCUGCGGACGACGGCGUCCACAAAUAAAAGGCGUCCGAAACCUGCA